CUGCCCCCGACCCCCAGCAGGGCCUUGGAGGACAAACCCCCCCCUCCGCCUCCUCCAGUGGGCAACAGGCCCUCCAUCCACAGGGAAGCGGUCCCACCGCCUCCCCCUCAGAACAGCAAGCCCCCCGUGCCUUCUACCCCGAGGCCUUCCUCCUCCUCACAGGCCCCACCUCCACCGCCGCCACCAAGCAGGCCCGGCCCUCCUCCCCUGCCUCCAGGUUCCAGUGGCACUGAUGAAACCCCAAGACUCCCACAGAGGAAUUUGUCCCUUACGCCGUCUACAACCCCCUUACCUUCACCGGGACGAUCAGGCCCUCUUCCUCCCCCGCCCAGUGAGAGACCCCCUCCUCCGGUGAGGGACCCACCGGGCAGAUCAGGCCCUCUCCCACCACCCCCUCCAAUAAGCAGAAAUGGCAGCACAUCUCGGGCCCUGCCUGCCACCCCCCAGUUGCCUUCCAGGAGUGGAAUAGAUAGUCCCAGGACUGGACCCAGGCCUCCUCUUCCUCCUGACAGGCCUGGCGCCGGGGCACCUCCCCCACCUCCACCAUCAACAUUGAUUAGGAAUGGCUUCCAAGACUCUUCAGGAGAAGAUGAGUGGGAAAGCAGAUUCUACUUCCAUCCCAUUUCUGACUUGCCGCCUCCAGAGCCAUAUGUACCAACAGCCAAAAGUUAUCCCAGUAAACUGGCAAGAAGUGAAUCCCGGAGUGGAUCCAACCGAAGAGAAAGGGGUGCCCCACCACUUCCUCCCAUCCCAAGGUGAUCUUUGCCUGCUCUUCUCCAGCCGAGCCCAAGAGCUCCUUCUGUUGUUGUUCUCCAAGGGUGCAAAACCCUCCUCCCCUUGUCUUCACUUGUCCCCUUCAUACUGGCUGUAGGGAAAGGGAGGGUGAUGUGGGAAUAUGUGUGCGGGGGGUGGGAAUGCAGUAAAGAAACGCACCUAGCUUUUUAUAUUGUGUAUAUUCUCAAAGCUCUUGCUUGCUUCAGCUACAGCCUGCCAGUGCUGGCUGCUUAGGGGUCAGGAGGCUUUUGUGGCAAGGUGGCAGACAUGCAUUGUGUCCUAGCUUUCAACCAACCAAGUUCAAACAUUCAGUGCUAAUUUGCUACAGACUCUAACAUUAAAGUCCCUGAGAGCUAUUUGCUUCCAUGACUUUUUUGCAUGCUUGGCUUUCUGUCUGAUUCCAGAAACCACAGUCCACCUAAGCAAGUUGCGGCACUCAGGGCUCACAUAAAAUUUUUCAGUUACAGGAUGUCCAAUCUUUGGCAGUCUGAGAUAAGCUCUAGGACAGAGCUGUCCAAUAGAAAUACAAUGUGAGCCACAUAUAACGGUGUUUGAAUUUCUAGUAGCUACCUUAAAAAAGGAAAAUAGGUGAAAUUAAUUUUAAUAUAUUUUAUUUAACCCUAAUACCCAAAUUAUUACCAUUUCAACCUGCAAUCAGUAUAACAAUUAUUAAUGAGCUAUUUCACAUUCUGUUUUGGUACCAAGUCUUCAAAAUCCCAUGCGUAUCCUACGUUGAUUGAGAGCACAUUCCCCAUUCAGACUAGUCGCAUCUCAAGGGCUCAACAGCCCUGUGUGGCCGGUGGCUACCAUGUUUGGGCAGUACAGGUCUAGAAGAUGCGGACUAGUGCAAAAUCUCUUGUUUCAAAAACAAAAAAAGGCAAGAUGAAUUUUAGCGAUUCAAAAAGUAACUAAAAAUCAAGUUAGGACCAAACACCUUGUUCAACAGAUAGCUUGACCUUUGAUUUUGUUCCCCUAUUUCCCGUCUUUCCUUGAUGUGUAUAUCUAGGUGCUGCUUCACAGUACCAAGGUCAGAAAUUGAUCUAACAGGGUUUACAGUCAUGUGGAAUAAAGCCAUUAGAAGGAAACUGAAAGCCAGCCAAGGCUUGGGGACUCAGAGCCCGCUGCCUUGAGCUAACUGUCCAUUGGACCCCUGCCUUGCCUUCAUUUCCUCUGCUGCCCAAAUGCAUCUCUGAGCGGGGGAGGCUCGCAGGCUCUGUAACUGUGGGGGAAAGUUAGGAAAAGGUAGCCAAUUGGAAACGUGGAAGAAGGAAGCAGGUUUGAGUUGAUGGACAAAACUCUAAAUGUCUAAAUCUGAUGUUUAAGGGGGUUGAGAGAGAUUGCUACUACAAAUUGAAGAGAAUUUGUCUUGACUCCAUUGGGAGAAUGCCUUGGAUCUAUGCAAAUCAAGCUCCGUGAAAGGACCAUAGGAAUGAGCCAGGCUUGCCCUUUUUUUGUAUGAUUUUGUUUACAAAACUUUACUGGGACUUUUAAAUCUAGCUAUAGAUUUGGGGGGAAAUUUUUCCAUUUUAUAUGGUUUUAUAUGGUUGAUUAUGUUUAAAAUUACCAUUACUUAUUUUUUAAAAGCACACAGCCACAUAUGUAUAUGUAUACUUAAACUUUGUGUCAUGGUUUCAGUGUAUUGUUCAUGGAUUACCAGGAGAUGCUAAUAAGAAAUCAAUCCAAAGAAAAAUUUGAAAGAAGGAUUCCUAUUUAUAGAAUAAAUAAUUGUUUCAUUUAUAUAAAAGCAAAAGAACUUAGAGUUCUAAUAAAUGGGAUAGCUAAUAAAUUAUGAAGUUGCCCAUUUGGAUAUAUUGUAUUUUUAUAACUUUCCUUGCCAAAGUCCUGGGCUUAGUAUGUUAGAGAACUUGGUUUUUCCCCCUCUCCUCUACCAUUCAUCUGUCUUUCAUAUAGUUAUUUGGGGCCCUUUGCCCAAAGGGAAUCAAGAAAUAUAAAGGUAUAACAAACUUGGCUAAGUAUUUUCCAAAAAGAAUGUUUCAGGUUUUAUAGCAGCAUCAUUUUAUUUGGGAUGUUUUGAGCAGAUAUGAAUGGUUGUUACAAAUCGCUAUGAUAAAGCCUAACAAGCCACCUCACAAAAGAUACGAUCUGGCCUUCCUAGCAAAUGAUGGCAGGGAAGUCUCAUCCAAGGAAUUUGGAUCUGAAUUUUGUGAGGGCUAGUAAGCAUGGCCAGUUUCUUUGUACAUCCCAGCUUUGUAGGUAUCAUCCUAAAGUCUGAAACAGUCAUAGCUCAAAGUUGCUCUUCAGGAGAGAGAAGUUUUAGGAUGUAUUUAAGUCAGUGUUUCAUUAAUACACCUAUACCCUUUCUUUGAAAGUUGGCAACCUAAUUGCAUCCAAAACUGAAUAAUCUCUAUGCUAAAAUCUUCAACUAUGGCAAAUCACAAAAAUGAAUAUUUUCUUCCUGAAAUCAGGGCUUACAUUUGGGGUUUUUUUCCAUAAUAUUUCUAGAUAAAUGUAUUCAAGAUGCAAUACAGUAUUUUAAUAUUCACAUAUCAUUUUAUAUUGAAAUGUGUUACAGUAUUAAAAUUCAGUGUUCCAUAUUUAUUUCACUAUGCAUUUUAUUUAGUAGAAACCAAGAGAAAUGUUUAAUCCAAUGGUGCCUUACUUUGUGAUUUGAAAGAAAUCGACUUUUUAUGUCUAAGCAGCAGAUUAUUUGCAUAUUUGUAAAAACUUAGGCCUUUAUAUUUUAACUUGUAAUACCAAUUUUGUUAUUUUAGUAGCAGAAAUGGGAUGGUUGUUAAAGCGCCCAACAUUUUUUGCCACAAAAUUAAUUUUUCCCUGUUUGUAGUCAGGGACGGUAAAAGAAAACAAAUGUUUUUCAUACCACUGCACUAUGUAAACAUGCACAUUUUGGAAUCUAUAUCAUCAGGACAGUUUAAAUGGUGGGGUAGAGACUACCCUAGACAUCUGUGUCUUUGUAAGUUAGCCAGACAAUAAAUAAAAGCAGAGUGAUAAGAGUGUCAA